GGGGCUGGGACAUGUCAGCACAACACUGGGAGUCAGUUCUCCCUCCUCCCUCCCCGUAGUGUGUGUCCUCAGUGUACACACAGGAUCCCUCUCACACACACACACACUGGGCACACACUGGGCAAGAUGUGCAGCAGGUGCCGGCGACAGGGGAUGUGAUCCUGCAGAGUUGGGCUGGGGUUGCAGAGAGCGUGAGGAAGGUCUGCAGAGGGUAUGAGAGAAAGGGGGUCAGGGGCAUAGGCAGAACGGGGGGAGGGAAAGAGAGUGGGGUAAGACAAAAGGCAGAAUGUGAGAGGGAGCUACAUGGAGAGAUAUUAGGUAGCACCUGCCAGAGGAGACAGAGACACCCCGGACAAAGAGUGAGGCAGAGAUUCAGCUCUGUGCCAUGUUCUGCCCGGCUACUCCGGACCUGCCAGCGGAUGGAGGUGGCAAGCCGUUCACACAAUGAGGCCUGGUCUCCCUAACGCGAUAUUCAUGGAGUACCAAGCUUUCCCAGAUUUCCAGCCACACCACAGCCCACUUCCCUACGGACGUGGAGGCAGUAUGGUGGCCGGCCUUGGAGAGCCACCACCCAGAGAGAGGCCUCGGGUAGUGAUGUACCAGCAGGAAAGCUUGGCAUUCGGAGGAGUCCCCGCUGUUUGCACUGAGAGACAGUUGGGGUUCAGCCCCGUGCGGAGUCCUCUUAACCCCGGAAUGCCUGGAAUGACAAACCACAUAGAGGAUCCCUGGUUCAUGACCUUUGAGAAGAAGGAAGUAGACCACUUUAUGGAGCCUAGAACCCCGACUGGAGACAGUUGUCACAUCCCAGAAGAUUUAAGAGAGAGCAGUAGUACAGAGGGCGACCAGCCCGAAACACCAUCUCUCUCCAGCCACGAGAGUCCCCGACCACUCUGCAGAACGUCGCAGGGCUCGGAGCGGGCAAAGUCGGCCUGGCGUAAACUACGCCUGUAUCUUCCGGAUGCCAGCAAUUCCCUGCCCUCCCCGUCAGCGGAGGACGACUCUGUAUUUCCUGAGGUAGAAGACUCCAGUCCUUCAGCAGCUGAAGUGAAGGUGUCUCCUGAUGUACAGGAGGUGACGGCGGCCCCUGGUAAGGUGGAGCAGGAGAGGUGGAGAUUCUCAGCCUCGGAACUUAUCAGCAAACUGCAGCUCACUCAGCGUAGAAACAACUUCACUGCUAGGAUUGGCAAGUCCCUCUCCACCAAAAUCACCCUAAGAGAAAGAGGGGCAUCUGCUGGCCAGGAAGGGAAAUCCGGUGGAAGGGAGCGGAGAUGUAACAGUGCGGGGGUGACCAGUCUUCUUCAGCCAACUGCCACGGACACAGACACCUCCUGGCUCAGGAACAAACUCACAGAGGGUCUCGGGAGACCACCCAGCGAGGAGAGCGAGGGUCAGUGCCAGCUGAGACAGUCACCUUGUGAGGAGACGCAGGACCCCUCGGGUGACACCAAGUCCCAGAGAAGACAGUCACGCUUCCUACUGAGCUCCAUCCUGUAUCAGGAAUACAGCGAUGUGGCCAUUAACCGGGAGCUCCAGAGGCAGAAGCGGGAAGAUACCACCAGUGAGGACGACGACGUAUCAUCCAGUCCGAGGAGCAACCUGUCGCCCAGUAGCUCCUUCCGCUCCCAGGGCUCGUCCCGAGGGUCCACCUUCUCUCUGUGGCAGGACAUCCCGGAUGUGAGAGGCAGCGGCCUGCUGAAUACACUGACUGUCCAGGAGAGGAAACUACAAGAGGCCAAGUUCGAGUUAGUGACCUCGGAAGCUUCCUAUGUCAACAGUCUGGCUAUAGUUGUGGACCAUUUCCUGAACUCCCUGGAGCUGAGCGAGUGCCUUGGUGCCCAGGAGAAGCAGUGGCUGUUCUCCAAACUGCCAGAAGUGAAGGACAUCAGCGAGAGGUUCCUGGCAGACCUGGAAGAGAGGCUGGAGGAAGACAUCUUACGCUUUGAUGUCUGCGAUAUCGUUCUUCGUCACUGUCCGGAGCUGCGCAGAGUUUAUCUUCCGUAUGUCACCAACCAGGCUUACCAAGAGCAGACCUACCAGCGGCUGCUACAGGAGAAUGCUCGGUUCCGAGGAGUUCUGGCCAGACUGGAGGAGGACCAGGUGUGCCAGCGUCUCCCUCUCACGUCCUUCCUCAUUCUGCCCUUCCAGAGGAUCAUGCGUCUGAAGAUGCUGGUGGAGAACAUCCUGAAACACACGGCCCCGGGGUCCCACAAUGAAGAGACGGCCAGCCAGGCAUUCACUGAGCUUAAGAAGCUGGUGAAGGAGUGCAAUGCCAGCGUACAGUCCAUGAAAAGGACAGAGGAGCUCAUUCACCUCAAUAAGAAGAUUCACUUUGAAAGUAAGAUCUUCCCUCUGAUCUCCCAGUCUCGCUGGCUGGUGAAACACGGGGAACUGGUGGAACUGGACAUGCAGAUUCCCAAUGCUGCCGGCUCCCGCUUCAAGCUCAGCCCCAAGCCGGUCUACCUGCAUCUGUUCAAUGACUGCCUGCUGCUCUCCAGGAAGAAGGAGUUGGGCAGAUUCGCCGUCUUCGCUCACGCCCAGGUGUGUGACCUGAAGGUGACGGAUCUGAGCUGGAAACUACAGGAGGUGCCGGGUGAAGUGUUCCACGUCCAGCUGUGCCACGAGCAGAGACCCAAACACCAGGUCCUACUAAGAGCGCAGAGCGAGAGUCAGAAGCAGCGCUGGAUUUCGGCGAUGUGUCCUUCUAACCCUCUCGGUGACCUUGAGAACCUGGCGGAGAGCGAAGACACGUCACAAGUCCAGUGCAUCAAGGGGUACACAGCGCAGGAGCACGACGAGCUGACUCUAGAGAAAGCCGACAUCCUCCGCCUGACCGCCAAGACCAGUGACGGUUGGAUGGAAGGAAUGCGUCUGUCGGACGGAGAGAGGGGCUGGGUGCCCGCCUCACACGUGGAGGAGAUCACCAGUAAGAACGCUCGGCUGCGCAACCUGCGCGAGAAUAAGAGGAUCAAGCACGCAACCAGCAAACUGGAGCUGAAGCCGCCAUAAAGUCAGAUAUAGGGUCAUCACUAUUGGGCCUCUAUGGGGUACCGUCCUCACGUAGAACAUUUCAGUGUCUUGUACAUUUCAGCCCCCCCCCCCCCCCUUCCUUCCCCACAAUGAGCGUCGCACGUGGAGCCGAUGACUGCUGCAGCCCCAGAUCCUGUUGCAGGAGGAAGCACUCCAAGACUCCAGGCUUCAGGACUAUGGGCGGCCUGGUCUGAGCACUACUUUCCCAUCAUGCCCACUGCAGACACAGUAGCACGCAGCACGAUGGUGAUUACACAGGUUUCGCUGAUGAAUUUCUGGUGAAUGGUUUCACAAGGACAAAAAAACAUUUGUGUCCAGAUUGCCGGAGAACGGAUCCUGGAGAUGCUCUACUAAAGCACCCGGGAGGUCACCUCCGCGGCCCGCGGCCGGCUGGGGACACAGGCAAGGGCCGCUGAAGACUCUGUACAUAUUUCUACAUUGCUGUGUAAUUAAACUUGGUUCUCAUCAGUAUUCAGCCCCUCUGUCAUGUCUGCCACAGAUCCGAUGCCAGCCGAUGCCAUCCCAUAGCACACAGCUCUGUCAGUAAAGAACAUUGACAAGAACCGCGGAGCCUGUCAUUUAAGGUUUUGUUGUUGUUUUUUUUAGGAUUUAUUUAUGAUUUACCAACCUAUUCCACAGCUCUGUACAAAGGGAAUAAACGAUAUUGCCAUGUAAUAAACUUUUAUAACACAA